AGGACGGGUGUGGCGCGGUGCGCGGCCGGAGCGAGGCGUGUGAUGUGUGGGUGCGAGGCAGUGGCAGGGGUAAUGUAAUGUCGUGCGUUAUCGCGCUCGCACGCUCUUGGGGCGGCCCCGCUAGUCCACGGUGCGGUCUUCAGAUACCGGCACAAGGCGUCUCUGCUAUGAGCCAGAUGUCUUUGAGCCAGAUGCUCUGAACCAGAUGAACGCCAAUUACAGCUGGCGUGACGCCCAUAAAGCGAUCAUUAUCCGUCGCCUUUGGGAAGAAGAAUCUUUCAAUGUUUGCAGGAUAUUCGAAAAAGUUUAAAUUGGUCACAAAAAAUCUUAGCAUCCUGAAAUUCAUGGUUCCAAGAUAUCCUAGAGAAACCUUGAGAGAAGCGGACGCACCGAAGCCCUUGGGCCGGUUCUCACAGGGCUGCGCACGUGCUGGGCAGACGAUGGCGGCGUCUCUUGCUGCUGCUGCUGGUACCAGCCUGUCUCAUAUAUGUGUUCUACGACUCUCUGGAGCCCCACUUCAUGGCAGUGGGGUGGCUGGUGCAAAACCGCUACUGGCACCAGUGGUUUUAUCGGGCACCGGAGCUGUCCAGCGACCUGGAGAAUGCCAGUCUGGUCCUCUACUGGACGCCGGCCUUCCACGACGCCGCUUUUAAUGGCUACGGCAUGAAGCCAUUCGCGCACUGUCCAGUCAACAACUGCGUGGGCACCAAUGACCGGCGCUACCUGUCGCGGGCGCGAGCGGUGCUCUUCCACGGCGCCGACAUCAGCAUGUGGGACGUGCCUCCUGAGCGGACGGUCGACCAGCUGUAUGUGUUCUGGUCCCUCGAGUCGCCGCCGAUGCUGAACAUGGCGUUCGGCGCCCUCAACUCGGUCUUCAACCUCACCAUGACGUACCGGCUCGACUCGGACGUUGUGUUUCCGUACUUCGAGGUCAUCCGCCGCAACCGCUCGGCAACGGUCGCGCCUGCAGCGGCGGCCGGACCGACAGCGAGCGGCGCGCCGACGCUGCCGGCCGGGCCGGAGCCGACCGUCGCCUGGUUGGUGUCACACUGCACCACGCCCAGCCGCCGAGAGCAGUAUGUGGCUAAGCUCCAGCGCUACCUGCCGGUGCACGUGUUCGGCGCGUGCGGCACGCGGGAGUGCGGCGAUCCCGCAAAGCGGCGCGACACGCUGACCUGCUUCCGCGAGCUGGUCGGCAACUACACCUUCCUUCUGGCGUUCGAGAACUCGCUGUGCCAGGACUACAUCACCGAGAAGCUGUUCCAUGCGCUGCAGGUCGGCCUCGUGCCGGUGGUGCGCGGCGCGCCGCGCGCCUCGUACGCCGCCGUCGCGCCGCCCGACUCGUUCGUGCACGUGGACGACUUUGCUGGCCCACGGGAGCUGGCCGCGCACCUGCACCACCUGGCGCGAAACGCGUCGGCGUUGGCGCGCCUCACUGCCUGGCGCGACAGCUUCACGGUGCGCCCGGUAGAGGGCUGGUGUCGCCUGUGCGCACGGAUGCUGCAGCCGGACGGGCCGGUGCCGGCGCGGUACGACGACCUGCGCCGCUGGUGGAACGACGGCUCGCACUGUCGGUCGUAGCUCCGUCCGUGGACUGACCUGCUGCGGUGGCCGGCGAGUGGCUGCCACACGGGUUCGGGUACCGACAGGGGCCUGGGAGCCCGGGAUCCCAGCCCAUCUCCCUCCAAGGGACCUCACUCCGAUGCGUGUCGCGGCGCGUGCUUUACCAGCGCAUGCCUGCAGCUCCGAGAGCAAUCUGACAUGCGCAGAAGUCAUAGCUUACUUGAUGUACCAAAGGUCACUCGCAUCCACGCGAGUACACUCAUGGGUGCCACCACGUCUCUAAGAUAAAGGUGCGAACCAUAGCUGGGGGGGGGGGGGG